AUGGCAUCCGCCAAGAUAUCCGUCGGUGACAUUCCGCGACACAAUCAACGGACGCCACAAGCGGGAGACCCGCUAGGGAUCUUAGCGGCCAUGCAAGAUUUCCCUGAGCCUCGGAACCUGGACUCGGAUGAAAACACCACUGAGAAAUCACGGAAAAGGAAGGAAAGGUUCUUCCAGGGAUCUGUGUAUCAGGCAAUUGAGAACGGACGCAAUACACCAUUCGGUGACCAGAUAUGGGCUGCCAGUAAUUACGAUUGGGUUCAUCGGCUCGAGCCACCGGUACUCCUAGAGGCCAAAUCGCCGAUCAGGCUCAACGACUACCAGCGACAUUUACUCAACCGAAUCCUCUAUGCCCUGUUCGUCUCAGAGUGUGGUGCCUUGCUAUCCCUUGGCACGGAGCUUGACAAGACCCACCGUGUUAUCAUUGCCGGUGAAAGCGCCAAGGGUAUCGAGUCUUCUAUAGGACUUCUAGCCAGCGAUGUGGUCAUCACGACAUACCAAACUCUCGAGGCAGAAUAUGAGGAACGCGAGAAGGCCUUAAAGGACAGCGUUCGACGUGACUGCCACUGUCCUCUGAUGGAUCUAUUCUGGCUUGCCUUGGUGCUCGACGAGAGUCACACAGCAACAAAGCAAACAAUCAUUACCAGCCAGCCCGUGGUGGCAAUUAAUGCCAAAUUCAGGGUGGCCAUUAUGGGAACGGAGUAG